GGCAUCUUCGACGAGAUGGAGACCCUGCGCGCCGUCGCGGCCAGGCUCGACGUGGCCGACGGCAGUUGCCCAGCUUGCCAGCGGGGGAGCCUCGUGGAGCAGCGGCCGGUCUCGGAGGAGAAGCUGGAGGAGCAUGGGCAGCGCCUGCAGCCCGCACACUGCAAG